CGAACGGUUCGCCCAGCCUCGUUUUGGCCGCCUCCAUUGUAGCCACCUCCAUUGUAGCCAGCGAAUCACCAAGCCACCGGAUCACCAAGCCACCGAACCACUGAGCCAUUAAGCCACCGAAACCAUUGAGCCACUGAAACCACGUAGAUUGCAAAGUGUGCUGCCUACAAAGCACCGCAUUAGGCCGUAAAAAGCGUACUACCGCUGGCUGUGGUGUUAGUGUUAGUGAUAGUGGUAGUGGUGGUGAUAGCGACACUAGCGAUGCACCUGAACGUGGCCCUGUGGGCGUGCGGCGCCCUUCUGGCGGUGCUCCUCACCUGGCAGCAGCGCAAGUGCUGGCGGCUCAUCUGGCAGCUGAACGGAUGGCGCGGCGUCGUCCAGCAGCCAGUGCUAUGGUUCCUCCUCUGCAUCAAUCUGCAUCCAAACAGCAUUCUGGAGAAGGUAUCCCAGUAUCGUGUGUACUUCCAGCGCCCGUUGGCCGUACUCGUGGGCACGCGGGUCCUGCUCUACAUCGACGAUCCCGCCGGCAUGGAGUGCGUCCUCAAUGCGCCCGAGUGUCUGGACAAGACCUUUCUGCAGGACGGCUUCUUCGUGCGUCGCGGUUUGCUGCAUGCCAGAGGGCAAAAAUGGAAAUUGCGUAGAAAGCAGCUGAAUCCCGCCUUCAGUCACAAUAUUGUGGCCAGUUUCUUCGACGUCUUCAACUCGGUGGGCAACCAGAUAAUCGAGCAGUUUCUAUCGCAGCCCCAUCUGCAUGGACAGGCAGUCAAGUUUACGGAUGCCGAGGAUCUGCUCAGUCGAGCCGUGCUGGAGGUAUCCUGCUUGACUAUUAUGGGCACCCCAACCAACUUCACGCAAUUGGAUGACGCGCACAUUGCCCACAGUUACAAGCGCCUUUUGGAGAUCUCAGCCGUGCGGGUGGUGAAGCCAUGGCUGCAAAUACGCCUCUUGCACCGCCUGCUGGCCCCGGAACUGUACGAGGAGUCCAGAAAGUGCGCCAAAUUGCUGGAGGACUUCGUCGGCGGUAUCGUGAGGACGAAGCAUCGCAACUGGCGGCUCAGGGACGCCGUUGGUGGUGAGAAGUCUGGCGAGGAUUCGUCGUCUUGCGGCUGGCAGAGGCGCAUCUUCAUCGAGCAGAUCUUUCAACUGGCCGCCAAUGGCGAGAUGACGCUCGAGGAGAUCAUGGACGAAGCUCAGUCCAUGGUCCUGGUGUCCUUCGAGACGGUGUCCAAUAGCAUAAUGCUGGCCCUGCUCUGCUUGGCCACCAACAAGGGCGACUGCCAGCGUCGCUUGCUGGCGGAGAUCAGAGCCCUGGUGCCACCGGAUGGCACCGGGCAGGUGGCGGUCAGCUUGGAGCAGCUGCAGCAGCUGCGCUAUCUGGACGCCUUUGUCAGCGAAUCACUGCGCCUCCUGGCCACCGUGCCGAUGAACCUGCGCCACGUCAGUCGCGACUUUCAACUGGCGGGCCGGCAGCGGGAGACGAUUGUGCCCCAAAACAGCAUCGUGGUGCUGGACACCUUCAACAUGCAACGCGACGAGCGCUGGUGGGGCGCCACCGCCAAGCAGUUCGAUCCGCAGCGGUUUCUCGACCAGCAGCCGGAGCCAAGUAAUCCGGGAUCGGGAUCGGGAUCGGGAUCGGGUUCGGGAUUGGGGGAACCGAGGAGGCAGCGCGAUCGGCGACACUCCUACAGCUUCCUGCCCUUCUCCAAUGGACUGCGAUCGUGUAUCGGUCGCCGCUAUGGACUUUUCAUCAUGAAGGUGUUCCUGGUGAAGUUGGUCUCAAACUUUGAUUUCCAGAGCGAUUUCGAGCUGGAGAAGCUGCAGUUUGUCGAAAACAUAUCGCUAAAGUUCAAAAACGCCGACGACAUCUUGCUGACCAUCCAGCCACAUAACCAGUCCCAGGAGUCCACUUAAGAUCAUUGGUUUUCCCUUUUCCAAGUAAUAUAUGUAAUUUUACUUCUUUUUUUUCACUUCAUGUAUGUAAUUAGUUAUGUACAAUGUCAUGUACCAGUUAAGAUUUAAAUGUAUCUUACGCAGUCUCAAUAAAUAUCCUUUUUUUUUA